AUGUGUCCUGUUGUAUUUGAAGCACUCAAGGAGUAUUGGAAUACUCCAGAAUUUAAGAGCAAAUCAGAAAAGGCAAAGAAAAAUCGGUCCUCAGAUAUUGGUGGUAGUAAGCACACUUGUGGUUCCAUCCCUAUGUCUAAACAUAAGAAGCGACUGUCUAAGCUAUUAGGUCGUCCACCUACACAUGCCGAGUUAUUCAUUGCAACGCAUCAAAGAAAAGAUAAUUCAGGAUUUGUUGACAGCAAAUUCGGGGAAACUUAUAUGCGGCAAGCAUCAUCACAAUCAUCAGCAGUUGGCCCAACAGAAGAUAGUGAAGCUGCUGGACAGCCCUCACAGGCAGCUUUAGAUGAGACAUCAUUAUGGUUAGAGGUUGCAGGUGGGAAAAAGAAGGGUCAUGUGUAUGGCAUGGGGUCUAAAGCACAUGUCAUCCCUGGUUCUUAUCAUGUGUUGUCGCCAUCGCCACCGCCACAGCCUCCACAAUCAUCAAUUUCACUCGCUGACCAAAUUCAACAAGCUAUUAGCUGCGCUAUUAACGCAGCUAUAAAACCAUUUAAUCAUCGUUUGUCAGCUAUAGAAGAAAGAUUUCAUAACCCUUCUUCAUCGUCGCCGCCCUCAAAUCCCUCGGAUCAUUAG